AUGGUCAUCGUUCAAAAUGCCAAAAGCAGUUCAGUACUGAGCGAAAAUCUUAGAACAAGCGAUCUCAAACCAUACCAGACAAACACGAAAGAUCCCUAUGUCACUGCUUAUUUAAAAGCUGAUGUUUUGCCUUUGGUUUUCGUGAUCGGUGAUGGCAAAGACUAUAAUUCUGAAAAAGAAAAAUAUUCUAACAAACCUCUCAAACAAAAUUCAAGUUAUAUCGUGUUCCUGAGAUAUUUUGAAAGUGAGGUAUGAGAUGGGGCUUAUUCGGGUAAUACAUGUACAUUUCUCCCAUAAUGACGAAAAUAAAAUAAUAUCACUAUUAUACUUCCGUUUAGGGCUCAUACUACUCGACAAAAUGGAGUAGCAAUAUUAGAACAAUGAUAAGAGCUCCAGGUAAGUGAUCCCUAUUUACUUAAUUAACUUAUUCAAUAUUUUUUCAUUACAUAAAUUGCUUAUAUGUGAAUAUGUUACUUUACUUGGUAUACGAUAUACCAAGGCUCGUCAAACACACUUGUUUGCUGCACUCACUCGUUCGUUUAAGGAGAUAUAUAUACGGGGGCAGGAGGGACAGUCGCCCCCGUUGCCCUUUACCAGGAGGGGCAAGGGGGGGCAAAGGCGCCCUUUUAAUUUAAAGGAUUGCCUUGGCGAAAUAGCGAAUUGUCAGAAGUGUUAUUGCAUUUCUUUUACGAAUUUACUUCAGAAAACGCAAGAAAUGUAGUCAUCGAGCUUCAAGAAUAGCACAAUCGCCUGGCGGAGAACCCCCACACACCCCUAUCAUCCAAUAAAUAGAAAACAUUAUUAGGCGAAGUUCAACUCCCGAUGUUUUGCAAACAUUUCUUAGUAUAUAUCAAUUCAAAAGUGCCCUUUCACGAAAAUACGCUCCCUUUGCCUUCACGUCGUUCCGGCGUCCCUGGAUAUAUAUGUAGGUCAAUAUAAUUAUUAUAGCAAUAAGAAAUCAUGGCCAGAAAUCACGGACAUGAUUAUUCUAUACUUCCUUACCAAUUUUCAUAUCAUUAAUACAUAACCCGUUGAAAUAUGGCUUCGGUAGUAAACAGUAAGUUAUAUUAUUAUAUGGACAAUGGUGUUUUACUGGAAACUAAAACACUCGUAGAAAUCAUACGUAACUACAUCCGGGACCAGGUGCGCGUUUUCCGUAUUUCACCCCUACAUACGAAGUUCGAAAAUUUCCCGCCAUUUUCAUUCAUUUGUUGUUGUUUUGAAAAUAAAAUGGUCUUUGGUUCGUAUUUAAAACGAAGUUAACGUUGGAAAUAAAGACAUCGUUUUAAAAGACAUCUUGAGAUAAGUAAAAUUUAUUCUAGUUUUAUGUUUGCACUAUAAUUUUAAAAAAUAUCGCUUUUACACUGGUCUUUCGCGUGCUUAUUUACAUGUCGUCUUUCAUGUAUUUUUGUCACUCUGAAUAAGUCCAUAUAAUAAACAGAACAUUAAACGGUUGCUAGAAGAUAUGGAUUUAUGUUCUCAGUGGUGAGUCGUGUCAAAAACAAUAUCUCACUCGUUCGCUGCGCUCACUCGUGAGAUAUUGUUUUUGCCAUGCACUCGAACAUAAAAUCCAUUAUAUUCUCUGAUUUUGGGAUUUACAGCAUCGCGUAAUACAAUUUACUGUUUACUGCACAGCAGAAGCCAUAUUUCAACGUGAUAUGCAAAUUACGAAGGAAGUAGAAUAAAAAAUCAUGUCCGUGAUUUCUGGCCAUGUAAAGUUUUGCUUGCGAACCUUAUAAUUGAAACUUUCUCGCAGUGCUCUGGGCCGUUUUUGCUCAUGCUGAAUUUGCAAGUGAAGUUUUGUUAAACAAACUUCCACUAAAUGAUUUCAGCGUGCCUACUGCCUUAAUAUAUAAAAUAUAUUGUACCAGUGUCCUUUUCCGCAUUUAGACAAAGCAAAUGACAUCAGCAGUGGAACAGAAUGGUAUAUUGUUGUCGUAUCAUUGGUUUCUGGAAUUAUCAUUGGAAUUCCUCUUUCCUACAUUGUCUUAUGUUAUCAUCGUAAAUUGAGAAGUACAAAAUCUCAAUCAAACGCUGAAUCACAAAAUGAUAAAACUUAUCAAGACUUAGAUCUGACAAAAAUGAACACCGAAGUCGAAGAUAAUUAUGAAUCAUUGAGAGUGAAUAUCGCGAGUAAUGACACGGAAAAAGACGACGACGCUACUUAUACUGAGUUAAACAGCAACAAAGAUGUGGAGAACAAUUACCAAUCUUUAAGUUGA